GCCCCUCUCCCUGACACACCCUCUUUCAGCCCCUGCUACACCACGAAACCCCUCGACAGCACUCUCCUCAACUGCUCUACUUCAAUUACCACCUCCAACUUCUUCGAAAACCUCAAAUACACACUCUAGACUCAGCCCUCGAGUCAGCUAGCUCCGCCCACCACUCGCCAUCCUCACAACCUCCUCACAACACAACCACACACAAUGAAGAAAUUCGGCUUCGGCAAGAAGGGCGACGACGACGACUCCUCUGCCCGCUCCGCCCUCUUCGGCUCCCGCUCCAAGAAAGACUCCAAAUCGCCCGCUGCUUCAAACCCCUAUGCCGCCCCUCCACCCCCCUCAGACCCGUACGCCGCAGCUCCUCCCCCCUACACUGGCUCCCAGGACUCCUUCCGCCGCGACAACAAAUCGCCCGCUGUCACAAGCCAGGGCGGUGCCUACGGCGGCAGCGGUGGGUACGGCGGCCAGCCCGGUCAAGGGCAGGCGGGCUACGGACGCAGCCCGUACGGCGGAGGCGCGCCUGAGCCCCAGGCUGCGAGACGGCCUGGUGGCUAUGGCGGGCUAGGGAGGGCGGACAGCAACGAUACCAUGACCACAGAUGCAGGGCGGGACCAGUUGUUCGGCGCGGCGCCGCAGCGGGCUCAGCAGCAGCAGAGUGCGCCCCCAGGACAAUACGGCGGGUAUGGAGGCGCUCCAGGUGCAUCUGGCGGUGCUCCCGGAGCUGGAGGCUACGAUGCCGGCCAGUCGGGCGGGUAUGGCGCUUACGGCGACCGCGAGCUUACACAGGAGGAGCAGGAGGAGGAAGACGUAAACGCGUCAAAGCAGGAGAUCAAGUUCAUCAAGCAGCAGGACGUGAGCUCGACGCGGAACGCGCUGCGGCUAGCUCAGCAGGCCGAAGAGACAGGCCGAGAUACGUUGGCUAGGUUGGGCGCUCAGGGCGAGCGCAUCCACAACACCGAGCGCAACCUCGACCUCGCCUCCUCGCAAAACCGCAUCGCCGAGGAAAAAGCCCGCGAGCUCAAAACCCUCAACAAAUCCAUGUUCGCCGUCCACGUCGGCAACCCCUUCACAUCGGCCUCGCGCCGCGAAGCCCGCGACGCCCAGCUCAUGGAAACGCACCGCACCGAGCGCGAGCAGCGCGACGCCACGCGCAAGGCGGCCUGGGAGUCGCAGAGCCGCGCGCAGGCCGUGGGGCGCGACCUCAACGGCAACCUGAUCCGCAAGCCGCCGGGCGGCAGCACGCUGGCCGAUCGCGCAAAGUACCAGUUUGAGGCGGAUAGCGAGGACGACGAGAUGGAGAAUGAGAUUGAUGGGAAUUUGGAUGCGUUGCAUGGCGCCGCGAAGCGGUUGAAUGGCCUGGGGAGGGCCAUGGGUGAGGAGGUGGAUACACAGAAUAGGCAUAUUGAGAGGAUUAUUGGGAAGACGGAUAAGGUGGAUGAUCAGAUUGCUAUGAACCGUGCGAGGCUGGACCGUAUUCGUUAAAAGUUGGCGGAGAGGCUUGUAUAUGCGUUUCAAGUAGAUAUAGUAUGGGGUCGAUUAUAGGCGGGUUGGGCCAGGCUGCAAAGUAGUUGUGAUAGAGUAGCAUGGCACAUUGGUCGGAGUUUAGCUUCCUCAUAUCUACACCCUCCCCCAGCACAACCUAAUCCGCCAAAACCAACCGAUACGUCGCCACCUCAAAGGCUCUCACCUCAAUCUCAACCCCCUUACUCGUCCUCUCCCCGUCGACCAGCACCUCGGUCUCCACAAUGCUGAUCUCCUCGCCGUCAUCCUCAAGCACAUUACACUUCUCCACCCU